ACCAAUGGGUUCAUGAAAUAAAUCAAACGCGUCUUCAGGAAGGGGAAUUCCACACGUUAUAUAAACAGCUACGAAUGGAUGAGAAACGGUUUUAUAUUUAUUUUCGAAUGAAUUUUGAAUGCUUUGAUGAAAUAUUAGCACGUAUAGAGAAUGAUAUAAGAAAACAACACAGUAAAUUCAGGGAACCAAUAGAACCUGCAGAGCGGCUUGCAGUUACCUUAAGAUUUCUAGCAACAGGAGAUUCAUAUAAAACCAUUGGACACAGUUUCCGAAUGGGAUUUUCUACGGUUUCAAAAAUUGUUGAAGAAGUAUGUUGCGCAAUUUGGACGAGACUGCAACCAAUUUAUAUGCCAGAACCCACUACAGAAAUUUGGGAAACUUCAAUUUCCGCUUUUAAGGAUAUAUGGAACUUUCCUAACUGUCUAGGAAGUAUAGACGGCAAAAUUUCGAUAGUGUUAAUGGCAAUUGUGGAUUCGUACUAUAAAUUCAUUUCCAUCGAUGUCGGAGCCUAUGGAAAAAAUAGUGAUGGCGGUAUUUUUGAAGCUUCAAAUAUGGGUAGAAAAUUUGAAACUGGAACCUUUAACAUUCCUGCCACUAAACUUUUGCCUGGGAAGGAUGAGCCACUUCUUUGUGUCUUAGUUGGUGACGAAGCUUUUACAUUAAGCUCGUACUUAAUGAGACUAUUUCCUUAUCGACAAGUACGCCAGGACGCCAGAAAAGAAAAAUUUAAUUACCACCUAUGCCGAGCUCGUCGAGUCGUGGAAAACGCUUUUGGAAUUUUGGCUCAAAAGUGGCGGCUAUUUUUUAGCCCUCUAGAAAUGAAAGUUCCAACUGCAAUAAGUAUUGUGAAAGCUACUUGUGUUCUCCACAAUUUACUACGAUCAAAGAAUGUAGACGAACAUUUUCAUCAUCUAACUGAAUAUGAUCCAAGACCAGUGCAGGGAUUAAAUAAUUUGCCAGCUGACAGACGAAGAGCAACUAAUUAUGCUUUUUAUUAACGUGAUCAAUUUGUUGAUUAUUUCAAUAGCUUGUAGUGUUUAAUGUUACUUAACAGUGAGUUAUAUUGACAUAACAUAACAACAUAAUAAAUUAACAAUACACAAUAACACUAAUAUUUUCAUACUUACCAUCCAUGCCUUCAACAUUUAAACUUUUUGCCAUUUCGUCCCAUGCUUUAUUCUUAAUCCGAAUAUUUUUGUAAUGAGGAUGAGAUAAAUCAUAUAACACCCUGCAUUUCUUUACAUGUUCUAUAAUUUUUUCAGUGACACUUUCUUCAAUUAUAGACAUUUUUGCGAGCGGUACGCGUUUCAAUAGCGGUCGAACUCAACAGCCCAUGUUUCACCGCCACCGCGCAUUAUAACGCUGCCGUACCGCUCUGGCCGUAGACAUGUUACGACAAGUGUGCAACGGUAUAUUUGAUUGUACAUGUUACGUCUGAACGCCACCGCGUAUAUGUGUCCCUGCCUUAAAUAUGUUCAUAUUACAAAAUGUAAAAAAGGAUAAAAUUAACAGAUCCAAAUCUGGGGUGGAAGAGGUUUAUUCGGAAUUGGAUCAACUUCUACAGGAAAUAAGCGAUAUUGCCAAAAAUGAAAUGGUUACGUCGGAGAAAAAAAAUGAAAAACAAUUAUUGACCAUAUUGGCAAAAAAAGGAAAAGAAGCCUGAGAUUUAGCAAUGAAGUCCACAUUAAAAAUAAAGAAAAUGAAAUAAUCAAUUCAUAUCAUGAUUAUGUCAUGUCGAAUGCUGAAGAAAUUACAGCAGAUGUGGAUUUACAUUAUCUGAUUGAAGAACCUGAUUCAGUGACCACACAUACCCCAAACGUGAAACGAAAGAUUUUGAGUAAGUAGUAUUCAAAUAAUUAUUUUGUGUAAACACUUAGUACAAUUGGGGCUAGUUGAAAACGGUUUUAUGAAUUUCAUCAUUUUGUGUGCUUUAUUAUGCCUAUGUAUUUUAAUGUUGUUUGUAUAUUUGAAUUGUAAUUACUUGGUAUUUAUUACUUUUUUUUAUGUUAAUGGCUUCGGCAUAUAUGGCCAUUUGCCUCGUGUUUUGGGUAGACUUUGUUACUGUUUCCAUAUACCCGUUUAGGAACAGAACUGUUAAUUAGAUCCCAACAGUGAAUGGUCGGACAGAAAACCCUCUGUGGCUCUCUAAAUUAAUUUAAUAACUGAAAAAAAUUCUUACCUUGACUGGGGUUCCAACACAGAACCAUGCGGUUCUCAGUCAGAAGCUCUCCUACCCUUUUAUUACUCCAAAUGUUAAACUUUUUCACAAAUUUUUUUAGCACCAACCAGAAAAAGAAAAUGUAAUCCACCUAUGAAAAAAAUGCGUUGGAUUAUUUGGAAAAAAAGCGGGAGUGGGAAAUUGCCGUUAGAGAGAAGGAACUGGCAUUAAAAGAAAGGCAAUUAGAUUUAGAAGAAAAAAAACACAUACUAGAAAGAGAGAAGUUUGAAGCAGAAAACAGGAAAAUGAAACAAGAAAAGUUUCUACAAGACAAAAAGGAAAGAAAACAAAUAAUUGAAAUGAUUAAAGUGCAAACGCAACUAUUGCAGCAGUUUGUAACAUUGAGUAAUACCUCUAAGUUAGUGUAGUGUAGGUUUAUUUAAAUAUAGAUUUUAGUUGUUCA